AUGGCGAGCGAGGUUGAGUCCUUGAAGGUCUCCAAACUCAAACGUUAUCCACGAUACAGAAUCCUGGGUCCAUUCAUGUCUCUAUCAAAGGUUGAGGUUAAUUUUGCCGCAAAAACGCAGUCCAACCCAGAUGUCCAACAAAGAGCUGUCUUACACCCCAAAUCCUUAAAAGACAGGCAGUGCAGUUCAUCAACAACUGGUUUGCACUUUCAUGAUCUUCUUCUUCUAAUUUCAGAUUCUUCUGUUUUCGAUCUCCAUAUAAAUGGCUUCUCUCACUUAUCAGCAUCACUUCAAACCCAUCAUCUUCCCGCCAUUAGUCUUAACUCUUUAUCUUAUCACUAUCAAAACACAAUGCAUUGUUCUCAGCCAAGCAACACUUCCACCAAUUCUUCUGUCUCUGGCCGCCAUCCCGUUUAUCGAGGAGUUAGGCGAAGGAGUAGUGGAAAAUGGGUAUCUGAAAUUAGAGAGCCUAAAAAGCCUAAUAGGAUUUGGUUAGGCACAUUUCCAACUCCUGAAAUGGCUGCUGUUGCUUAUGAUGUUGCAGCUUUAGCACUCAAAGGUAGAGAUGCUGAACUUAAUUUUCCAAACUCAGCUGCUUCUCUUCCUGUUCCAGCAUCUGCUUCGCCUCGUGAUAUUCAGGCGGCUGCUGCUUCUGCUGCUGCUGCUAUAGGCGCUGCAAGGGAUGCGUUAGGAAUUGGUUCUAGUAGUCAUCAAACAGUAAUAAUGCAAGAAAGUAACUACAGGCCAAUGGUCCAUGAAUUUGUUGAUGAAGAUUUGAUAUUUGAUAUGCCUAAUCUCUUAGUUAAUAUGGCUGAAGGAAUGCUUCUUAGCCCUCCUCGCUUGGACAUUGCUCCUGAUGCUGCUUUUGAUGAUGAAAAUCCUGGAGACCAAAAUCUUUGGAAAUUUACUUAAUUGCGUAAUCCUUAUCUUAACUAUCGUAUAUGUAUAAUAACUAAAAAAUCAGUCUGCAACAUUUUUAAGAAAAUAAAACUUGAGACGUAAGAGGAAGAUGUAAAAUAUCUAUAUAUGUAUGUCAUAGUGUCUUUGUCUUGUGUUGAAAAACUGCAAAGCUAGCUAGAGCUGAAAGAGAUGGAAAAGCUGGAGAAGGUGUGAGUAAGUUGAGUGAAUUAAUGCCUUUUUUCUUCUUCAACUUUCUUUCUUUGUUUUUUUUUUUUUUUUUCCCCGUUUUUUGUGUUAAUUAGGCUCGAUUUAAAGGUUGAAGACCUUACAGUUCUAGAGAUGACUCUGGUACUAUAGAGCCAAGUUAACUUUUCAUCAUAUUAUUGUUUUUCUUUUCCCCUUUUCUCUUCCUUUGAACAGGGCUUCCUUAUCUUUAUAUGUUGGGGUUGUGCUGCUAUGGUAAUUAAAUAAUGCUUUUGGAGUGACUGAAGAGAAAGGAACCUUUUUAUCUAAUGAAACUUUUAUGUGCAGCUUUUGAUGAGUUCUUGUUUUCAUGGCCAACUUUUUUUUCCAAUAUGACUUUGAUGAGAUCAAUAGCGCAAGAAAGUUGACAAUAUCUGUCUGCAUAUGCUCAUGAUUUCUUGUUUUCUUGGGAAAGGGCAAUCUAAACUAUGACAGACAGUACAAGUAGUAUCCUUGACAUCCAUAUCUAAGUGGUCGAUCAUGGCCAUUUAACUGACACCAACAGAACUUGCAACUACCAAUAUCAACUUACUCACAUAUAUAUUCUCCAAUAUUAUUAUUAUAAUAUGAUACUCAGAGGAUCGACCACAGCCGCAA